CUCAAUGUUGACUUCCGGUAAAAAAGUCAUGUGUUUUCGUGACCAUAAAUAGGAAAUGGAAACUAAAUGGCGAAGAAGACUGACAUUUAUUUCAAUAGGGUUGUUUUAUUUUAUGAGUGGAGUUGAAUAUGCUGUGAUCCUUCCCACAAUAUGGCUGUAUAUCAGCAAAGAUUUCGAUGCAGAGGAGUACAUGCUAGGCUUUCUUCUCUCUGGAUACAGCCUAGCGGCCAUCAUAGCAGGACCAAUACUUGGCAGAUAUGCUGAUAAGACCAGAAAGCCGAAGAUUUUGAUCAUAUUUGGAAUACUCUGUGAAGUUGCCGGCAGCCUCAUGUACUUUGCUGGCAUCUCUGUUUGGUUUCUGCUGGCUAGCAGGAUGGUGGCAGGUAUAGGUGGGGGAGUGGAGGCGGUUAUUUUGGCGGAGGUUACAAGGAACACUGAGACAAAAUCACGCACUGGCACAAUAUCCAUCCUUGUGUCCAUAAGACAGACAGGACUUCUUGUGGGACCAGGCUUGAAUCUAUUUCUGCGGGAGAUGAAUUUUGAUGUAGAUGGAUUCCAUGUCACAAAGUACAAUGUGCCUGGGGCAUUUAUGGCAUGCAUGUGGGUCAUUCAGAUGUUUAUCAUCUUCUUCCUUUACACUGACUUGCAUAGAAUGAAUGUGAGCUCAGUUGUUAAUGAGCAGGUCAAAAUUCGUGAUGAAAGUUCAAGGUCAAAACAUAAUGUUUGUUACGAUUAUGAUGAAGAUAUCUAUAAAGAAAUUGAUUUUACAGAGGACUGUGAUAAGAAAUCUAUAAAUAGUGCAUUUGGAUCAAGGUCACCAACAUCUGACCCGGAUGAUCUAAUAGAAACAGCUGAAGGUUUUAUUGAAGAAGGUCAAAGGUCAAGGUCACAUACACCAUCCUCUUUAAAUAGCUUUUCAGUAAAGGCUUACUCAGAACCAAAUAGUAGGCCUGUAAGCAGGUCAGCUAAAAGUAUUGAAACAAAUAAAAGCCAGAAAACAUCUGCUGCUAUGGUAACCGAUUAUGGAUCGAUAGAUGGGGGCUCUAGUUGCUAUGGAAAUGAGGGAAGGAGCAGACAGGGUAGUCAUGAAUACAUUGAAAGCCAGGAAAACAAAUUGGUAGACUAUCUACAGGGGAAGUCAAGACUUAAAUUUAUGUACCAGGAGUAUGUAAGAGAAGAAGUGGUCUGUGUGAUAGCAGUGCAGUUCAACAGUUUCUUCAACCAAUUAGCACUCGAGAAGCAACAGGCGGCUAAUGAGAACUAA